AUGCCUGGAAAUAAGAUCCUUGUCACGGGUGGAUCCGGCUAUAUUGGAUCGCACACCAUUAUAGAACUGCUGAAUGAAGGUUACGAGGUGGUGGCCAUCGACAAUUUACGCAACUCAUCGUACGAAGCGAUUCGCCGUAUUGAGCAGAUCACUGGAAAAAAAGUGACGUUUUACAAGGUCGAUCUGUUGGACAAGAAGGCGUUGCAACAAGUAUUCCAGCGACAAUCCAUUUGGGCUGUGAUCCAUUUUGCUGGGCUAAAAGCGGUUGGCGAGUCAACGAAGAUCCCUCUCGACUAUUUCCAUGACAACAUCACCGGAUCUAUUCUAUUGAUGAAGGCUAUGAAAGAAGCAGGUGUCAAGAAUAUCGUUUUCUCAUCAUCGGCUACUGUGUAUGGAGAACCCAAGGUCGUUCCUAUUCCUGAGACAUCACCCACAGGUGCCAAAAACCCAUAUGGCCAUACCAAAGAGACAAUUGAGCACUUGAUUGAAGAUGUAUGUGAAUCAGACAAGGAAUGGAACGGGGCAUUACUACGAUAUUUUAAUCCCGUGGGCGCACAUCCUUCUGGCAACAUUGGUGAAAAUCCGCUUGGUAUCCCUAACAACUUGAUGCCCUUUUUGGCUCAAGUCGCUAUCGGUCGUCGUGAAUAUCUCUCUAUCUUUGGUAAUGAUUAUGAUACUCCUGAUGGUACUUGUAUUCGCGAUUAUAUAGACGUUGUGGAUCUUGCCAAAGGUCACAUUGCUGCAUUGAAGAAGCUCCAAAAGGAUCCACAUAUCGGCUGCAUUGCAUACAACUUGGGCACAGGACGUGGGCAAUCGGUGCUUGACAUGGUGCAUGCGUUCAGCAAGGCUGUCGGCCAUGAAUUACCAUACAAACUUGUGGGUCGUCGAGCUGGUGAUGUACCACGACUGGUUGCUGACGCUGAAAAAGCCAACAAAGAACUUGGAUGGAAAGCAACAAAGACGCUUGAGGAGACAUGUGCUUCAUUAUGGAACUGGCAAACCAAGAAUCCCAAAGGACUUGAAGAUUGUCCUGGUGAUGCACCACCUGAAUCCAUUAUUUCCUACCUGUAA